UCAGCUAUUCUGGCCUGGCAGAGCUCUUUUAUAGCUCUUAUCUAUCUUAUCUAUAGCUAUAGGGUAACCCCCAUGGGGUCACGUAUCAAUCACCCUCAACGAUGGUGUCAUUCGAGUAGUAGUCUUUAUCGCAUGAUGCCGAGCCUCCCGCGUUGUUGGCUUCCUAUUCCUCUUCCUCUGCCCCGCUGGCAGAGGCGUUUGGGGGGCGGAGGACCGCGAAGCGGCUCGAUCGGUUGGGGUACGAGAGAGAAUAUCUUCGAUAUUAGGGAAGUUGGGAAUAGCAUCAUCAUCGCCCUCUACGACAGUAGACUGCGUAAAGCCACUAUCAGGGGGGACGAACUGGGCGUCCUCUCCACUAGGACCAGCUACAGCGGCGCUGUUAGCGAAGGGGCCUUGGAAUUCGUCUUCAAGCCACUGUGA